AUGAAGGUAAUCAAGGAGCUGGUUGCUCCGGCAGCCGUUGGCGAACUCGUGAGCAGGCUAAUCUCCUUCCUUAUCUCCCGAUACACCAAGCAGACAUGUAGGAAGGAGGAGAUGUUUCUUCAGCUUGAGCUUGUUGCUCUGAAAAUCCACGCCCUAGUGGACGAAGCGGAGCGGCGGCACCUCGCCCACAACCGGAGGCUGCUCCUGUGGCUCAGCAAGCUCAUGGAGGGCAUGUACCGUGCAUACUAUGUGCUCGACCAUCGUCAUGACGGUUCCUUGCUGGUGAGCAGCUCCUGGUCAUUCUCCUUGUCUCGUUCAUCUCGGCCUGCCAAGCGACUUUGCACUUCCAAUGCUCCUCAACCCAUCUGUGCAGCCGAUGCCAAUGGAGUCGUCGAGGAAUUGAGUGCCACGCUCCGAAGAUUGGAAGAGUGUGCAGAAGGGAUGAAGGAAUUCAUUCUACUUCUUGCAUGCUGCCCUAUUAUACCCCGGCGGCCUGCUGUCUCCAGCUUUCAAUCUGACGACAGACACAUGUUUGGCCGUCUUGUUGAGCGGGAGCAGAUAAUCAGCUUUCUGCUGCAGCCUGAAACUGAGAGCAGCAGCUUGGGCGUUCUACCGCUUGUCGGUGGCCCGGAGGUCGGCAAGGGCACCAUCGUCAAGCAUGUCUGCAGCGACGAUAGGGUGCGCCGUCAUUUCGCCAUGAUCCUGUACUCCUAUGGGUCUCUUCUUGGUGACAACUCUGCUGAAGAUGUACUGGGCACACUGCGAACUGGUGGCCACGUCCUUCACGAGACGUCACCUGUCGUCGUCUCAGGAAGGCAUGGGAGCAGGCAUCUCCUUGUGAUUAAAAACACAUACGAAGUAGUGAUCAACGAGGCAGCAUGGGCCUCGCUCUGUGCGUCUCUGAGAUCCGCGGCGCCGGGAAGUAAGGCCAUAGUCGUCAGCGAGAACGACGGCGUCGCGGACUUCGGCACCACAGCCGCCAUGCGAGUGAAGCCACUGCCGCGGGAGGAGUUCUGGUACUUCUUCAGGUCACUCUCCUUCGGUGUCAGCGAUCCCGGGGGGCACCCGGAGCUCGCGGUGCUGGGCAGACAGAUUGCCGCGGCGCUUGACGGGUCAUUCUUCGGCGCCAAGCCGCGCUCGCCUCAAGAGCGCCGCCCAAGUCCUCCCCCUCCCACCGGUGGCAUGUACUACUCCGACGACAUGGAGGCGUUCUACGACACCUGGGUGGGCCGGGAGGAGCAGAUCAUGGCUGACCUCAUGGCGGCGCUCGCGCUCCCGCCCCGGCGCCAGAGCGACGCGCUGGCGCCGCUCGUGGACGCCGCCGUCGCGCACGUCGCCGCCUACUACGAGCACAAGUCCCGGCUGGCCGACCGCGAUGUCGUGGCCGCGCUAGACCCGCGCUGGCUCAACCCGCUCGAGCGCACCUUCCUAUUCGUCGCGGAGCUGCGUGGUGACGAGGAUCACUUCUCGAAGCUUGGUGUCGCCAAGAUAGCACUGGAGAUACUCCCUGUGCCACUGAGGCUCAAGAGAGCCGGUCAGACGACCGGAGUGGCCACCUCAGAGGCCGCCGAGACUGAGCUGCCGGGAAUGACUGUCCAGGAACUACUGCGUUCAGCCACAGCUGUGCCAAGAGAGGAGGUGCGAAUUGUGCUGUGGGAAUCUGCGUGCCCACCUAACUAUCGCUACACUGUCGUCUGCGAGAAGGUAGAAACACAUGGUCCACAUGCAAACAUCGAGCGGAAGAGGCAUGCCAGGCAGCCGUAG